AUGAGUCUUGAAGUGCUUGCUGAACAACAACAAUUACAACAAACAACACCUUUGUUCAAUGCUGAACUGAUCAAUAAAUAUUCAAAAUAUGUUAAAACAAUUGGAAAACGAGUUGUUGAAGUUGAAUUUUGUUGGUAUCAAGCCAAUCCAUAUCAAAGUUUUCAAUUACGCAUGACUGAAAAGCAAUAUAUUGAAGCACAAAAAUAUAUUACAUCAAAAAAGUUACUUAACAUGAAUUUUGAACAGUUUAUUGAUUUAAUUGCUCCUGUAUUUGCUAAUAAUGCAGCUGAAAUAAGUGAUUUUAUGUUACGUACAACAUUUGAUCGUCUAUUUGAUCUAAAUGCAAAUGGUGCAAUUGAACGAGAUGAAUUCGAUUCACUUUUAAUAUUAUUGAGAGCAUUUAAUAGAAAUGGAAAUAAUCUACAGAAAAACUUUGUAUCAUAUGAAAAUCUUCGACAAAGAUUUACUAAUCUUGAUGGUCAUAUUUCAUUUAAAGAAUUCAGCGACUUUGUCAAACGUGGUUAUGUCCGGGAAUUAUUAAUGAAUUAA